UUAGGAAAAUGUAUUAAUCACGUUACCAUUAUUCUUGGAAAUAAUGAGCUCUUAUUUUUUCAAAUAAGAAAUGGACCAUGGAUACCGAAUUUAAAAUUAGUACACAAAUAUCCUUUUAUGAUGCCACAAAUACAAGUUGAUAAAGGGGCUAUAAAACACGUGCUCAGAGGUUCCAACAUUAUGUGCCCCGGAGUAACUUCUCCUGGAGGGAAACUUGAUGAUGUUGAAGCAAACACAGUUGUACAAAUAAGAGCCGAAGAUAAAGAAUUUCCUUGUGCUGUAGGAAUUACCACCAUGUCAUCAAAAGAAAUUAUUGAAAUAAAUAAAGACAUGUGUAUUGAGAACAUACAUUAUUUAAAUGAUGGAUUGUGGAAUUUUAAAAUAGAAACCUAA